AUGUUAAAAAUAAGAUAGAACUUUUCAGUGUGUAUCUGUUCACUGCACUCACUAGGUAUUGCACUUAAACUGCCUCACUGCAAAUGUGUCCUUGAAGGCACAGGCCUCAGCUUUUGCAUAAAUCAUUUGUUAACUUGCAGGAUCAAAGGUCUUUUAUGAGUUAUCGCUGGAAUUUAGAGCGCUCAGUCAGUCAGAGGCAGGCGGACUGUGUGCCACCACUUUGACCACUUCACUCCUCCUCCACCUUAUACCUCGGGUCUGCCAAUUAAAACAAACAAACAAACCAGAAAACAUGGACAACAUCAAUGACACAACAGAUGAGGGAAGUGUGCUUGAAGAGCGCAGGGAUGGAGCUGACAGCCCCGACCGAGAGCCUAAAUAUGAGAACUCAGGUGCGGCGAGGGAGCAGCUGUACAGCGAGGUGCAGGUCCACGCCUCUGCGGAGGCAGAGCGCAGCUCGCCGGACUACAUGGACACGAGAGACGGGGACAAAGAUAGCAGCUCGUCCUCUUCAUCCAGCGAUGAUGAAGAGGUUAAAGCACAGAAAGCGGCGGAGGUGAACGGCGAGGCGCACGACGGAUCCAGGCGCUCCUCGGCCUCCUCCGCUUCCCCCGGGGACCCGUGCGACGACCCGCCGAUCCAGCCCAGGAUCCAGGAAGAGGAUAACGCGGAGGAUGGGAUGCUGAUGGCGUACACCUACAACAACAGUGACACCAAGCCGGAGGAGUCUGUUGACUACAGCCUGAAAACUCUCGAGAAUGUCACUCUGGAUGAGAGCAGCGCUGCACCGGCUGAUCCCAGCCAGCCUGACAUCUCUCUGUUCGUCAAGGCAGGCAACGACGGAGAAAGCAUCGGCAACUGUCCCUUCUCUCAGCGCCUCUUCAUGAUCCUCUGGCUUAAAGGAGUCGUGUUCAACGUCACCACCGUCGACCUCAAAAGAAAGCCAGCAGAUCUGCACAACCUGGCUCCUGGGACGCACCCUCCUUUCCUGACCUUCAACGGAGAGGUCAAGACUGAUAUCAACAAGAUCGAGGAGUUUCUGGAGGAAACACUCUCUCCUCCAAAGUAUCCCAAACUGGGCGCCAGGCAGAGAGAGUCGAACACAGCUGGAAAUGACAUCUUCGCCAAGUUCUCAGCCUACAUCAAGAACACUAAACCAGAGGCCAACGCCGGUCUAGAGAAAGGUUUGACCAGGGCCCUGAAGAAGCUGGACAACUACCUAAACAGCCCCUUGCCAGAUGAAAUCGAUGCAGACAGCAUGGAAGAGGAGAAGGGCUCUAACCGAAGCUUCCUUGAUGGAAACGAGCUCACUCUUGCAGACUGCAACCUGCUGCCUAAACUACACAUAGUCAAGGUUGUUGCUAAGAAGUACCGCAACUACGACAUCCCAUCAGACAUGACGGGCGUGUGGCGGUACCUGAACAACGCCUACGCAUGUGAUGAAUUCACCAACACCUGCGCUGCCGACUCUGAGAUCGAGACCGCCUACAAAGAUGUGGCAAGGAGACUGGCCAAAUAACUCGCCAACCGACCCGAGCUCAAACAAAAUAAACUAGCAACACAACACAAAAAACCCACCACUUUUAAACAUACAUGUGACUGUCCUUUUGAGUCUUCUUCAGUUGCAUUUUCAGGAACCUGACAUUUUUGUCUGUCACAGUAAACAGGUGUUGCAGAUGUCUGUGUGGUGGCUUACACUGCAUUACAGCUCCAGAUGUGAUGGAUGACAGUGAUUCAGCACAUCGUCUAUAUGGUUUUGUAAUCACAAAAACACACAGGGCAACAGAGAAGUGGAGCAGAACAUAGAUCGAGCACAUUUAACUUAAUUGACAGGUUUCAAACCAGAUUCAAAUUUUGCUGCUGUGAAACUUCUGACAUAACACUUUCACUCAAACAUGAUUGUGUCUGUCUGAGUUUAUUUCUCAUAACACAAAGCUCUCUUUCAUACAUACUUCACCGGUCCACACGGCCAAACAUUUUACUAGCUGCUGAUGUCAGGGUCAUUUGCUUUAUUUAUUCCUAAGCCCACAGAAGUCUAGUUUGACUCCAGUGUUUAUUAUCAAGCUUUGGAUCCUGGGGAGACACCUUGAUUCAUCUAUGAUUGAUGACUGACGCUAAUUGUUUGCUGAAUAUGACUGUUGCGAUCUGCGGAUUCAUUUUGUUUGUCAUUCAUUACUGUAGGUGUUGCUGUAGUUGUUUUGUUUUCUUGAGCUCAUGCAUAUCUUGAACUUCACUCCUGCUUCUGAAAGACUGAUUUUAAGAAAGAUUGAUUUUAAUAAUAAGUUCAUAUGCUCGAUGAUGUUAGUUGGAAAGAGCAAAAUGUAGCUGCCGAGGGCAUUGAUAGCUUAGAACAAAGCUUGUUUCUGAAUUGUUUGCAUGCACGAAUCUGUUUUAAAUUGUGAUAUUUAAAACCUGAUAUAGAGCCGCUUUUUAAGAUAUGAAAAAUCCUCUAUGUGCCUUUAUUUGGAAGUAUCAAAAAUCCAUGCCAAUGUCACAGAUGGACUCAUUCUGAAAAAUGUAUUGCAGCCAGCGCUGAGACAUUUGUUCUGCCACUAGCUAUUAGUGUUCAGUCUAGGUAUUGAUUUUGUCUUAAGUUACACAUGAUAUUAUGAAUAGAGAGAGUAUUUAUUUAGCAGCCCCAAUCAGGCCUGAUUAGGUAGAGCCAUUAGUGCUGCGAUGAAAAGCGUCUUCCAGGCCAGGUCCACAAUGGUCAGGAGCCCUGCCCUCCAGCCCUUCAUCAAAGAGACAUUUCCUCCACUCUGAGGAGUCUAUCAACAUCCGCAGCCUAAAGUUCAAGUUCAAAAGUUUCAUUGUCCACGCAGACGAGGAUGGAAAUUUAUCUUGGGGCUUAUCGUCUUUGGCUUGGUGUCAGGCUGCAACUAUAGCGAGACUUCCUUGAAGAACCAUAAGGCUCUUGUGCGGUUUGGACAAACAAAUGAUAUGAAAUUGGAGCAUGAUGACUGAGAGCCUUGCUCAUUGCGAAGCUCUACAAAUAAAAUAAUAUUUUCACA